ACUUGCAAAUAUGGGAUCAGCAACAUUUACAGAGGCAGGAUGCUACGCUGUAUGCAGUUGCAGGAUUUGACCAGCGGGUGUCGCCCUCUGCUGGAAGUUUUUGAUGUUUCCACCAAGGAAGAAAGUACUGACAUUUUUUUAGUAACAAAUAAAUUCAAAAGAAGUACAGUAGGUAAAAAGGCAAAAUCAUUUUCAUUUUGUCAGAGAUGACAAACGCUUUUGGUGGACAUUAUUUUAUUCAUUUUGGAAGAGAGUCCCAAACUUUCUGUGCGCAUGCAAUGUAAAAAAAAAAAAAACUUUCCGGCGUAAAAUAAAUAAUGUAAAACAAACUUGAAUAAUUUUGUUUUCAAAAUUUGGUUUGUCAAUAAAGAUUUAUCGGAAAAAUAAAAACGAAAAUAUAUGCGCAAACAAGCGGAAAUUGCGUCUGUAUUUUCCCGCGCUUUUCUACUGUCAGUUUGUUUUAGUUCAUCUCGCGUGCUGUCAGGUGAUCUGUUUGAUCUGAAAAUCGCUUUAUGUUUUUAUUGGAAAUACCAUGUAAUCGCGAAGAUUGAAUUCACCUCCUUUUGGCUAAAUAAUCUGAAAUAAAAUUUUAAAAUGAGGCAUUUAAUUCUUAAAACUGCGCAUAGUGUAAAAAAAAAAGUGUGUGGAAACCAUGACAUAGCCGCCCGGCGGGGCCAUUUCUUUGAAUAAAACAAACAUACACUGAAGCACGGCUCCAGGAAGUAGGAACCGCUCCAGCAUGCCGCCUAAAAAACGCAACUCGGGAACGGCACAGAGCAACAAGGAGCUGAAGCCGAGUUCUGACAGAAGCUUUCCAGACAAGACGGGGAGUCCAGAGUUUUCUCAGAACAAACACACAGACAAGGAUGUGGAGUUUGUGACCCUGAGUAAGAGCCUUCACGUCACAGAUUCAGUGUGUGAACGCGCGUGGACUCUGUGGAAAACUGUACAGGAUUUGAUGGAAGAUGUUGCUACCAAUCAGAAAAGACUGUGGGGUGCUUGCCUGUUUGUGACUGCAACAGACAUGGAUGCUGCCUGUUUCACCCUGACUGAAGUUCUGAAAGAAGUCGAUAUCAAUGUGAAACAGUUUCUCAGCCUGGUAAGAAGAUUGGACGUGAACUUGGAUACGAUUAGCACCAAGGUGAAUUCAGCACUGACGCGAGUGGAGAAGAAGUACGAUGUGAUGCUGGCUCUCUACCAGAGGUUUGAGAAAACAUGCAAGAAAAUCUUUGUUUCGACCCCUGAUGAAAAGGAGAGGGCAACCCUGCGUACUUGCUGGACAAUGUUUCUUUUGGCAAAAGGAAGAGCCUUGCAGAUGGAGGAUGACCUGGUCAUAUCGUUCCAGUUGUUGCUUUGUACGCUGGAAUUAUUCAUCAAGCGCAGCUCUCCAGAGCUUUUGCUGCCUCUUUAUAAAUCAGUCGUCAGCAAAGCUCAGAGCCCGCUAACGAGAACAUCCCGUCGCAACCAGAGCAAAACCAAAUCCCGCGUUGUGGAAUCGGAGGUUAACGUGGAGCUUCUGGAAACUUUGUGCAAAGACAACGAAUGCAAUUCUGAGGAGGUGAAGAAUGUUUACCAGACCAGCUUCUCAGCUUUUCUCGACCAAAUGGAUCUUUCGAGGUUCCCGGAUUUUCCUCUGGUGACUGAUGUCAACCAGCAGUAUCAAGAGCACUACCUAAAGAGCAGAGACAUAGAUGGUCGACUGUUUUUUGAUGGAGAUGAAACUGUCCUUGUGCCAAAAGUUGACAUUUUACAGGUAGAGAGAACACCCAAGAAAACCUCGCCAGACGAUGAUGGGCCAAUAAUUCCACCACAGACUCCAAUUAGAGCUGCAAUGAAUUCCAUCAAGAUGCUCAGAGGUGACCUUCCCUCCAGUGGAGACCAGCCGUCCUCUAAACUCGCAACAUAUUUUAAAAAUUGCACUGUGGACCCAACCCAGGGUAUUCAGAAGCGUUUGGAGAUGCUUGGACAGGUGUUCAGUCAGAUGUUUGGUGAGGCUGUUGGGCCGCACUGUAUCGCAUAUGGCAGAGAGAGAUUUAAUCUUGGUGUUCGGCUGUACUACAAAGUCAUGGAGGCAAUGCUAGAAUCGGAGGAGAAGCGGCUGUCUGUGCAAAAUUUCAGCAAACUUCUCAAUGACUCCACAUUUCACACGUCCCUUCUAGCUUGUGCUUUGGAAGUCGUCAUGGCAACAUACGAAGAGAGCAGUUUCAAAAACGGAGGAUGCAGUCACGGAGAAGGCGAACAGGCGGUGAGAGACCUGUGUUUUCCCUGGAUCCUCAAUGUGUUCGACCUCUCCGCCUUUGACUUCUACAAAGUCAUUGAAAGCUUCAUCAAGGCUGAACCAACUCUGAGCAAAGAAAUCAUCAAACAUCUGGAGACUUGUGAGAACUUCAUCAUGGAGAAGAUCGCAUGGAGGACGGGCUCCCCACUGUUUGAGCUGCUGAAGCGGGAACAUGAAGCUGGAGGCACAGAACAGGCGGAGACCCCGGCUAGUUUCAGCUUACCUCUGCAACACAACCACACCGCAGCUGACCUAUAUCUAUCUCCAAUACGCCCAGGUCUCCGUGUCCUGCCUCCCGAAUCUCCAGCCACACCCAGCUCUCAGGCUUCCUCUCAGGCAAACUCCCAGGCAGUGGGCCAAGCUCCGCGGCAAUCAAAGUCUAACUCUCUCAGCCUCUUCUAUAAAAAAUUGUAUCGCCUGGCAUAUACGAGGCUGAAGACGCUCUGCUCCUGUCUGCUGUCUAACCACCCGGACCUGGAGCACGUGAUAUGGACUCUGUUCCAGCACACCCUGCAGUAUGAGUAUGAUCUCAUGAGGGACCGUCACCUUGACCAGCUGAUGAUGUCCGCCAUGUACGCCAUUUGCAAAGUAAAAAGCGUUGACCUGCGCUUCAAGUCAAUCGUCUCUGCCUACAAGAACAUGCCUAACACCAGCCAAGAGACCUUUAAACACGUGUUGAUCACAGAAGGCCAGUAUGACUCCAUCAUCGUCUUCUAUAACCAAGUGUUCAUGCAGAAGUUAAAAACCAACAUCCUGCAGUAUGCAUCCACCAGGCCACCUACUCUUUCUCCGAUCCCUCAGAUCCCAUGCAGCCCUUACAAGUUCCCCAACUCCCCUCUGCGUGUGCCAGGAAGCAACAACGUGUACAUCUCUCCUCUAAAAAACCCACGCAUGUCUCCGGGUAUGAUGACUCCUCGCUCCAGAAUGCUGGUGUCCAUUGGUGAAUCUUUUGGGUUUGCCAACCGCUUCCAGAAGAUCAACCAGAUGGUGAACAGUAGUGACCGCGCCCACAAGAGGACUCUGGACGGUGGCUCUGCUCUAAAGACUCUGAAGAGGCUACGCUUCGAUAUGGACGGACAGGAUGAAGCUGAUGGAAGCAAAUCUGGAGGAGAGUCCGCCCUGAUACAGAAGCUCGCAGAGAUGAGCUCCACUCGCAAUCGAAUGCAGGAGCAGAAGAUGAAGGAGGAUGCGGAAUCCAGGAAAAAAUCCCCUUAAAACCCACUGGACUGACCUGCACUGUUUGAACACUACUGUUUGUUCACACAAAGUGAAACCCAAGUUCCUGUUGGAUUUUUGGUGUAUUUAGCUGCUUUUUAGUUUGUAUUUUUAUUGAAAGAGUAGUUUGGGGACUCCACUUUUUUUCGGUUUGUCAUGCUUUGAGUGUUUUAACUAAAUAAUGACUUUUAUAGAAUUUAGUUUGUUCUUGAUGUGCUCUAAAAGAAGUGGGUUUGGUCUAGCUGCUUUUAAUGAGGAAUCAUUUCAACAUUGAUUUCACUUCUGUUUUGGAAACAUAUCUAUGCUUACAUGUUUGGAUCAUGAUGCAGCAUUUUAAAUGUUGAAUCAUGGUUACUGUCAGCACAAAGGAGUGAAUGACAGUCUCACAUCAGGUUGUUUUAUUUUUAAAGAGAUCGCUCUCUGCUAAGGUCAUGUCCUAAAAAGAGAAAAUCCGAUCUUCAGCCAAAAAGGUCAAAAUAUUGAAGGAUCUGGUGACUGAUGUUGGUUUUCUUUGACUAAAUCUGAAAAAUGUUUCUAUUUUAGGUUUGUUUUAACUUUUGGUGAAAAAUGAAAAAAAAAAGUUUUCAUAGUGUUUCAGUACUGAAAUUUAUGUAUUCACUUCUGUGGUGAAUUGAAGGUUGUUUUUGUGAGUAGGACAAGGCUGAUUCUAAAAUAGGGAAAUUAAUUUAAUUUACUGAAUAAUAAAGUGCACGCGUAGCCUAUAUGUGGGGUUCAUUGUAGAAAAAACCCACAGUGUAAAAUAUUGUUACUUAUUUCAGUUAACAGAGUUUAAUAAUGCUUUAAUGAUGUGAUUUACUCAAGCAAUUUCUUGGAAAUAAAGAAAAUCAAACACAA